AUGAAAACAAUUGAUCAAUAUUUGGAGGGAUCUCCCUCUUCUUCCUCUGAUAUAAAUUGGGAAUAUGACCCUUUAUUAAUCCCAAAUUUGCCUAUCAAUCUCAUCAACGAAAUACUUUUACGAUUACCAGCAAAAUCCUUGGGGAGAUUCAAGUGUGUUUCAAAGCCAUGGCUUUUUUUGAUCUCAAGCCAAAGAUUUAUCAAAGCCCACCUCGCAAUUGCAUCUGGAAGGGAUGAUUUUGGCCACCAUAGUCCCAGCUUCACACUAGUUUCCGCAGACGGCCAUUUAGGUUAUGAGGUGCUGCAUUAUGUUAGUUCUCUCCUCUAUGGGGCGUCCUCUGAAACUGCAAUCCCUAAGGUAUUUGACAUUGAUUUACCUCAUAAAUCAUUUUGGGCGGUGGGUUCCUGCAAUGGGCUGGUUUUAGUUACAAAUCGGAAUAAUGAAUUGUUUCUGUGUAACCCUUGCACUAAAGAACUUAAGAAAUUGCCUAAGAACGGUAUGGAAAAUAGACAUUUCCAUCAUAUUUAUGGGUUUGGCUAUGAUAAGUUGCAUGAUGAUUAUAAAGUGCUCGGUCUAUUCAAGAUUUUAAGUAGUACUCCUGGUGGUAUAAUGGUUGACUAUGAAUUGAAACUGUUUAGUCUAAGGAAUAAUUUGCGGCAUGAGAUUGAGGUUCCUGAGAAUGUAGAUCCGGGGAAUUGCAAGGGCCAUUAUUUGAAAUAUCUAAGUGGAAAUAUCUACUGGUGUAUCACUGAUGGUGGUACCGGUCGGCGUAGAUGGAAAAUUGUUUGCUUUGAUUUGACGAAUGAGACAUAUGGAGAAUUGGCCCAACCAAAGAAUGAAGGUAGACCAUAUGAUUAUGGACUUGGAGUUUUAGGAGACCGCCUUUUAACGUUUUACGAUUAUAAGAAAAGUCACGCAGAUAUAUGGGUAAUGAAUGACUCCUGA